UCUGAAUUACAACUGGUUAAAAUUGCGUGUGUGUGUGUGUGUGUGCGUGUGUGUGUGUGUUUUCUCAUGAGACUGAAAGCGAAUAAAGUUUAUCCUUCAGUUUUAGUACUUUAUUCCUGAGACAGCUGGAGCUCUUUGAAGUAAAUGUGUUAAAAUAUUGAAUAAAUAAUGGGGGAUUUCCGAGCGGAAAGUGAAAGUUGAGCACCACCCAUAUACAUUCAAGAUGCGAGACAACAGCAGCACAUCGACUUCUUCUGAGGGGCAGGAAUGGGCAUCAAUACGUGCCUUUUGUGUCCGCAGCACAGUUGUUUAAAGUGGUUUACUGAAAGGAGAAAGCACCAAAAAAGAAGGGGCAUUCCAACAAGGCCGUGUCAGGAGGGGUAAUACAAGAUGAUUAAAGAUGAAACACCUAUUUUGGAUGGUAUUCGCUUGUUUAGUUAGGAAAGUCCAGCACCCUUUAUCCACAGUGACGGUCGCACCUGGAGGUAACGCCACCCUGGGCUGCUCUUUCUCUGCAAGUCUCAAUAUUAACAGCCUCAUCGUAAACUGGCAGUAUGGAGAUACUGUGGUCCACAGCUUUUAUCUGGGUAAAGAUCAGCUAGAGAGACAGGGGGCCAACUACAGGGGGCGGACUCACCUGUUUAAAGAGGAGCUGCUGAAAGGAAAUGCAUCGCUGCUUUUAACCGCUGUGCGGUCGGAGGAUGUGGGCGACUACACCUGCCAUAUCACCAACGAGCAGGGGAGUACUAGUGAAAAAAUAAAGGUCAUAAUGGCUGCUCCUUUUGAUGAACCUCUACUAUCUCUGCAGCCCACCUGCGACAGCAUCAAUAUCACUGUCACCGUGUCCAAUGGUUAUCCAGAGCCAGAGUUUAAAUGGCAUGACUCCUCCGGCAGGGAGCUAAACCAGACACAAUCUUCAGUUCUGCUGGACUCCAGGGGGCGCUAUCAAGUGUCCAGCACCAUUAACUUCCAGUCAAACAGUAUAGAGACAAUCAGUGUGGAAAUCAAGUUAGAAGUUCUGAACCAGAACAUAAUCCGCUCACUGCUGCUACAUCCUCCUCCAGAAUAUUGCCAAGAUUGCUGUCAGGUGACCCCCACUUCACGAGGCGGGGUAUCCGUGGCUCUUUCCUUUUUGCUCUUUAUAGUCUUGGUUAUUCUGAUAUUGUGUUUAAUAAAAUAUAAUAAAAAGUCUUCUGAUGGACCGAGGGAACAAGAACAUACAUUGGCUGAACCGUCUACAAGCACUUCCCUUUGAUUCUACACUCACUGUAUAUGUUUUCAGAUCCAUUUGAAAAAUACUGGAAUUGUGUACUUUUUGUAACAUUUUUGCUAAAUUGUGUACAAAGAUAUAUAGCAUUACAAUGUGUUUAUCUAACUUAUUGUUUGUUUUAUUAAAAUUUUACUCAUACAAUAUAUGUUGUACAAUAUUAUAUUAAUUAUUACUAUUAAUACUGUCAAACUAUUUCUGUAUUUAUUUUUUCUGGACCACUUUAAGGCUCAUGAAUCUUCUGUUCUACCACAUCCCAAGAAUUCUCCUACUGCAUUAAAAGCUGCAGACUGAACAGCUGGA